GGCGCAGCUCCGAACGUGGCUGUGUGACCACGCUCUGCGUCUGCGGGGAACGAUUCGGGUCACCCCGCGCGGCUCCCUGUCCUCUGGUUCGGGCCCAGCAGGCCCGCGUCCUGCCGCUUGUCAUUUCACUGCCAAAGAGCUGGUAAAAAUGCAGUCCAAUGUCAGCUUCGCGCCUGGCUGCGGAGACCCGCGGGAAUGCUGCUGCCCAGGGCCGUGCCCUGCCGAUGGCCGCUGUCUCCGUGCUGUGCCCGUGCUGCCAGCAGCAUGCAGCACGGUCCAGGCGUGGGGCGUCGGGAAACCGAGGCACAGGGCGGCCUGUCGUAGCAAAACGCAGCGAGGGGCACUAGCGAGUCCCCGUUGCUUGAUUGUGCCCGUUUUGCAGCUCUGGGGUUGGGGCCAGGCUGGCUGGGCUGUCGCGCCUGGACUCGUUGCUGCCCAUGGCCAGCACCCGCCAGCUCUCGCCCUCUCCAGACCUCUGGAGAGUCCCUGGGCUGAACGUGGGGAGUCAGGGGUCUUGGUCAGCUCCUGCAUGCCCCUUGCAGAGCCCUGGAGGGGAUGGGCGCAGAUUUGUUGCUAGCAGACGCUGUUCAGCAUGCUCCUGAGUCAUGGCUGGCCUGGAAAGUCUUUCCUCGUCCCUGCGUGACCUGAGCACGUUGUCCUCCCAGAGCGGAAACAGCGAUGGGUCACUUCUGCCUCGCCUGCCCUGUGCUGAUCUCGCUGCCUCCGUCAGCCUAUAACAUCCAUGUGAAUGGCGUGCUGCACUGCCGGGUGCGCUACAGCCAGCUGCUGGGCCUGCACGAGCAGCUGCGAAAGGAGUACGGUGCCAAUGUGGUGCCCGCCUUCCCACCCAAGAAGAUCUUCACCCUCACGCCAGCUGAGGUGGAGCAGCGGCGGGAGCAGCUGGAAAAGUACAUGCAGGCGGUGCGGCAGGACCCAUUGCUGGGAGGCAGCGAGAUCUUCAAUAGCUUCCUGCGCAAAGCCCAGCAGGAGACACAGCAGAUUCCAACAGAGGAGGUGCAGCUGCAGGUGCUGCUGUCCAACGGGCAGAAGGUCGAGGUCUCCAUCCUCACCUCGGACCAGACCGAGGAUGUCCUGGAGGCCACAGCCUCCAAGCUGGACUUGCCGGAUGAUCUGGUUGGCUACUUCAGCCUCUUCCUGGUGAGAGAGACCAAGGAUGGAGGCUUUUCCUUUGUGAGGAAGCUGCAGGAGUUCGAGCUGCCCUACGUGUCCGUCACCAGCCUGCACAACCCUGAGUACAGGAUCAUCCUACGCAAGAGCUACUGGGACUCAGCCUAUGACGACGAUGUCAUGGAGCACCGCGUGGGGCUGAACCUGUUGUAUGCCCAGACCGUCUCGGACAUUGAGCAUGGCUGGAUCCUGGUGAACAAGGAGCAGCACCGGCAGCUCAAGUCGCUGCAGGAGAAGGUCUCCAAGAAGGAGUUCAUCCGGCUGGCGCAGACGCUGAAGUACUACGGCUGUCUCAAGUUCGACCCUUGUGUGACCGACUUCCCCGAGCAGGGCUGCCACGUCGUUGUCAGCGCCGGUAACAACGAGCUCAACUUUCAGGUGCGGCUGCCCAGCGAGCAGAUCAAGGAAGGCAGCUUCAAGGUCACCCGCAUGCGCUGCUGGCGCGUCACAUCCUCGUCCUCACAGGUACCCACAACCAACGGCCCAGCAGGGAGCGGCCCGGGGAAGGCCGAGGUGAAGCUGGAGCUGGCCUUUGAGUACCUGAUGAGCAAGGACCGGCUGCAGUGGGUCACCAUCACCAGCCCCCAGGCCAUUAUGCUGAGCAUCUGCCUGCAGUCCAUGGUGGACGAGCUGAUGGUGAAGAAGUCUGGAGGCAGCAUCCGCAAGAUGUUCCGACGCCGAGCGAGUGGGGGGCUGCGGCGCUGUGACAGCCAGCAGGCCGUGAAAUCACCCCCACUGCUGGACUCUCCGGAUGGCAGCAGGGAGCCCAUAGCCAAGCUCUCGAGCAAGCUCAGUUCCGUCAGCCUCCGAGGGAUCAGCCACUCCAGCUCUGCUGGUGAUGUUGGCAGCAACGACUUCCACGGCAACUAUGCCUUUGAGGGCAUCGGCGACGAGGACCUGUAGUCACCCAGUGCUGUGGCCACCCCUAGGAAUGUAUGACCUGCUGCUGGGUCGCCCUCCAUGUGCCUCUCACCUGGGGACCAUCCUCUGCCCCCCGGGGACAUGGGGACCUUGUCCUCCUGCCUGCCGCUGCCUUUGGGCAGGGACGGCCUUUCCCUGCUGCUGCUGCUGGUUCUUGAGGGGCCCAGGCAAGGUCAUGGCUGCUCCAUCUUGGGGCAGGGGCAGCAGCAACAGCAACCAGAGGUGUCCCUGGGCGGAGCCAAGCCAGGGCCCCCCUGCCCCAGGCCUGCAGCCCUGGACCAUCGCUUGCACUUAGAGCCAGUCCCCACACGCUGCCGGGGCGGGAGGGGUGAGCUGGGCCCCUGCCCCCCCAUGCCAAACUAGCGCAUAGGUCUCUGCAUACGGUGCGACGGCUGGGCCGGGCCAAGCUACCCCUGCAGUGCCUGCCCGCCCCUGCCUCUGCCUCUGUUUGUAACUCGCACGCGCUGCUGUUGAUGGAUGGUCCAGGGCCCUGCAUUAACAGACAUUAACCGAUGUUUACACGGCAAUGGCAAUUAAAAGCAGAUUCUGAUUGG